UCGUUGCACAGGACCCAUGCUUCACCUACACGAAAGCUUCUGUUACGAUUCUAUUCUCUAAUUCUAAAAAGGUGUAACUUUAUCAUAACUCACUAUCCGUUAUUAUUGCAGAACUGAAUUUUAUGGUAUUAAAAUAUUGCUUUAAAUUCGGCUUGCUCUCACUGCAAUAAAAACAAAGAUAGGGUAGAUCUAGUAGAGAAUCUUUGAUAAACACACGUACGCCCUGUCUAGAUACGAAACUAAGGCUGCUGGGCUUCCCUGUGACGCACAUCAAAGGUGUUGCCGGUGAUUGGACACAGGUAAAAAUAAUCAACAACAUCACCUGGGCUGCUGGGCUGUCCCCGUUUCCUCCGCUGUCGCUGUAGUGCUGUGUGUGGCGUGUGUGUAUGUGUGUUCACGGUUGACAGCAGACCAGUGUUCCCGCGACAGCACAACGAAAAACACAAAGACAGAUAAUGGCUCUGCCUUCGUUUUCUCCUUACAGAGAAAUGAAAUCGCUUUUCUGAAAUGAUAGUUGGAGAGCUGGUUUACAUUUACUAAAUACCUAAACCUGUUAUUCUCGUCUGGAUACUAUUUUUUUUCCCUGUGGUGCUUCCUUCUGAGGUACAUUGUCAGUCAGAACGAUGGUGUUCGCUCACCGCCGUGCGAUGGGUGUGUCCCUUUUCAUCGCCGUGAUCGGAGUCGGCCUAAUUGUGGCCGCCUUUUCUACAGACCACUGGGUCAUCUCACACCCCGUUGGUAAAGAAGCGGAAAAUGCCAGCGAGUUUUUAAACCAUACAGGGGGUGAAGUGAGCUUUGGAUUAUUCAGCGGUUCUUCGAGGUUGAAUUAUGCCUUGGGUGUGAGACCGGUGAAUUUAUUAAUAAAAUGUGAUACAUCUGAAAACGUAUGUGCCUAUGAAGGCACUGAUUCACUGGCAGACAUGAUUCGAGGUUACAAAAACCAGAGUGAUACAGGCUCAGCCCACAAAUCCGAGGAGUGGUUUGGCCUGUUCAGCUUCCCCCUGUAUGUGACCAGCCUUGUCAUGCUGGUUCUUGCCUUAGUCAGUGGCCUCGUCACCAUCGGCUUCACCGUGUUCAACGUCUUUGGUCGGCCCAUCGAGACAAUCACCGGCCCCUCUGGCCUCUUUGUCUGGAACACGUUGUCUU